CCGUCUCUCUGUCGAGAAUCAUCCACACAACACACAGAGUACAUUGUGUCGAGGAGACCCGGUCGGUGCCUGUCAGCUGAGAGAGAGAGAGAGAGAGAGAGAGAGAGAGAGAGAGAGAGAGAUCCUCCUUGGCACACACCCGUCAGUGUGGCAGUGUGAUUUUGACUGACUGGCUGACUGACGGGGGAUUCUGGAGGAAGCACACAGGAAAGGGAGGACGCACAUUUCUCCUGUUUUCUUUUCCCCCCUCCUCGCUGUCUGUCUUGUUGUCACCACCGAUGGUUUUCUAGCCGCGCCGCCUGCAUCCACCUCAGCAUCGGAUUUUACUUUAUUUCUCCUUUCCUUGAUUGGCUGAACCGGGGCUGAUCCCAGCCAACCUGGGCCGGGCCGUGGGGCUGUUCAGCGAGCCUUAUAGCUGAAGUUGGCACCCGAGAUGAGCGCCUUGAGACCCGGGAGCGGUGGUCUCUCCUCGCCGGGGAGAGGGUCUGGGUCGUGGCGGUGCUGGUGGUGGUGGGUUGUGUUAGUCGGAGUGGCAGUAGGUUCGGGUGAUUCGUGGUUGUCCGCGGAGGCAUGCCCAUCAUCCUGCUCCUGUAGCAGCACCAGGAUCUCCUGCGUGAAUCCGGAGCGGGAAAUCAAUGCUUUCCCCGUCCUGCAGAGCGAGGCGGAGAUGGAGAACAUCACCGAAAUUUACAUCGCCAACCAGAACACCUUCUCCUCCAUCAACGACAAAGAUCUGCACGACUACAAGAAUCUCAGGAACCUAACGGUGACCAACAGCAGGCUAACAUAUGUAUCGAAGCUGGCCUUUCAAAACAACAUCAAGUUACAGUACUUGAAUCUGAAAGAUAACAACCUGUCAUCACUGUCCUGGAGGAUAUUCAGACACCUCAACAUCUCGUAUCUUAUCCUGACAGGGAACCCUCUGCACUGCUCGUGUGAAAACAUGUGGAUCAAGCUGUGGUUAGGAGAGGAAGCAGACACUCAGGAGCUGCGCUGCAUCGAUGACGGAGGACGCAAGCUGUUGUCCACACUGAAACUACCAAACUGUGAGGUUCCCAUGGCAACACUGAACCCAUCCAAAGUGACAUUAAUGGAGGGGGAGAGAGUGGACCUGUCCUGUACGACCUCUGGCGUGCCGUCACCUGAGCUGAUAUGGAAAAUGGCACUGGUCUCCUACUAUGAGAUCCUAACAUCAGGCCAGAUGUCAGUGCUGCGACUAUCCAACCUGUCAUCGUUGGACCACAACAGCAAAAUAAGCUGCACGGCUGAGAACAUUGUUGGAGAGAAAGAGUCCUCACUGCUGCUGGAUAUACUUUUUCCUCCCAAAAUCACUAAACUGAGCGAUGCAAUCCCAGACCAUCACUGGUGCAUCCCCUUCAGUGUGUCAGGGAACCCAGAGCCAACUUUAGAAUGGCUUCUGGAUGGUAAUCCAGUGACGGAGGGACGCUACAUCAUGACCAUGAUCCAUGACGUCACAGAAAGAGAGUACCAUGGUUGCCUGCAGCUUGACAGCCCCACGCACCUCAACAAUGGGCGCUACACGCUGGUGGCUAAAAACCAAUUUGGGACUGACCAAAAGGAGGUGGAGGCUCACUUUAUGCGCAAACCCUGGGAUGGUGAGCAGAAUGGAAAUGAGCCUUACUAUUAUGAUGUAACCACAGAGGGCCCCCCUGUAGACCCACCUGAAGACAGAGUCGCUGUGUACGUGGUGGUGGGCAUUGCUGCUGUCGCCUUCACCGGUUUUCUUCUAAUGCUGGUUAUUCUCAAGUUUGGAGGAAAUUCCAAGUUUGGCAUCAAAGGACCGUCUUCAGUAAUCAGCAACGAUGAUGACUCUGCCUCUCCUCUUCACCACGUCUCCAAUGGUAGCAACACUCCUUCCUCCUCAGAGAUGGGCCCUGACGCGGUAAUCAUCGGCAUGACCAAGAUCCCGGUGAUAGAAAACCCUCAGUACUUCAGGAGCACAAACAGCCUCCUGAAAACCGACACGUUCGUCCAGCAUAUUAAGAGACACAACAUUGUGCUGAAGAGAGAGCUGGGAGAAGGAGCCUUUGGAAAAGUUUUCCUGGCUGAGUGUUACAACCUCUCACCCGACCAGGAGAAGAUACUGGUGGCUGUCAAGACACUUAAAGAGGCCAGUGAAAAUGCCAGGAAGGAUUUCCACCGUGAGGCCGAGCUGCUGACCAACCUUCAACAUGAACACAUUGUCACUUUCUAUGGAGUCUGCGUGGAGAGCGACCCUCUCAUCAUGGUGUUUGAGUACAUGAAACAUGGAGACCUCAAUAAGUUCCUCAGGGCUCAUGGUCCAGAUGCAGUUCUAAUGGCAGAGGGCCAGACCACCAGACCCGUGGAGCUGACCCAGUCUCAGAUGCUGCACAUUGCUCAGCAGAUAGCAUCUGGCAUGGUCUAUCUGGCAUCACAGCACUUCGUGCAUCGCGACUUGGCCACCAGGAACUGCCUGGUGGGUGAGAACCUGCUGGUGAAGAUCGGAGACUUUGGCAUGUCCAGAGACGUUUACAGCACUGACUACUACAGGGUAGGUGUCGGUGGUCACACCAUGCUGCCAAUCCGUUGGAUGCCCCCUGAAAGCAUCAUGUACAGAAAGUUUACCACAGAGAGUGAUGUGUGGAGUCUAGGGGUUGUUCUCUGGGAGAUCUUCACCUAUGGAAAACAGCCUUGGUACCAGCUCUCCAAUAACGAGGUGAUAGAGUGUAUAACCCAAGGCAGGGUGCUGCAGCGCCCCAGGACCUGUCCUAAAGAAGUAUACGACCUGAUGCUGGGCUGCUGGCAGAGAGAGCCUCACAUGAGACUCAACAUCAAAGAAAUCCACGGUCUGCUCCUCAACCUGGCCAAAGCCUCACCUGUAUACCUGGAUAUACUGGGCUGAACGCAGGAGCAGGACCUGGUUUUGGAUGUGUGUGUUUGGGUGUGUGUAUCUGCGUUUGAGGUUGCAUGCAUGUGUGUGUGUGUGUGUGUGUUAGGGUGGACAUAGUGACACCCGUGAAUGAAGUGUGAGAUUGGAAGUGUGUGUGUGUGUGUGUGUGUGUGCACGGUAACGCUGUACAGGAUGUGAAGCUAUUAUCAAACUCUUAAAGGCAAUCAAAAAAAUUCCUCAACCCAUCUCCAAUCGCCUUCUUCCUUCCUUCCUUCUUUCCUGCCAAUUUCCUCUCCUUUGUGCAUCUCUACCCCUUCCCUCCUUUCGUCCUGAGGAGACAUUUAUUUUAAAAAAACAAACAAAAACAAAAAAAGAGCUUCACACUUCUUUUCAAAUGCUUUAAACUGACUGGGGCUAAAUUGCUGAAACCUGAUUAACAGGACUUUAAAAUUUAGUGACUCAUCCCUUGCUGCCUGUCAGACAACAGGACUCAACAUCGGGGGAAAUCUUUGAGGAGGCGCAGCGUGCGUGUGUGUGUGUGAGGAUUUCCAGAAACGUCAAUCCUUUGCGUGUAAAUAGAAGACUUUACGACGGUGAGACGUUUCAGAGAAAAUGGCUCUGUGCGAUGUGGAGCCAUAAAGACACUGUGUUUCCCCCCCACCUCUCUCUCGCCCUGUCUGUAUGUCUGUCUUUCUGUCCGUCUCUCUUUCGAAACUAUACAUGAGUAUUAAAUGUCAGCAUUCAUCCGACAUGGCCUGUGGUAAAGACAACACAGGUGAUGUUUAACACACUGGUACCCAUAAGGUAGAUUGACUGUAACAAGAAUAACAGACAGGAAAAACGAUGGGAAGGUAAACACAAUCUGGUUUUCUGCCUUGUCAGAUGACAAAAGAGGAUGUCUGGUUGGCUAAUUUUGCUAAAAUCACUAACAAAACAGUGCCUGCUGAAGCUGAACUGAACUGCUGUGGUGAAAAAAAAAAACUUAAGGAGGAGGCAGACUGAGGUAUUCUGCUAUACUGUAAUUGUCAAUGCCGAAUACAAGAAAUGUAAAAAAAGCUUGAUCUAUCCGGCACUGAUAUCUCCUCAUGCAACAGACUGAUAUACAUGAUUAUAAGGAUAUAUGCACCCAUAUCUGCAUUUUACCACGCCUUUCUGUUACUUUGCUCAAACACUGGACUGCACUGUCAUACAGCACAUGGUAACACGAUGCCUACUUUCCCCCCCCUCAAAGUGACAGAUGCUUCACUUGUGAUGUCAAGCACUCGUGUCGGAGGUCAAUUGAUUCAUUUGUCCGCAGCUGUCUGACAAUCGUGAGGUCUUGGUGUUGAUGGGGGGGUGUAAAGGUUACUAAGGGAGGCUGGGUUUUGAGUGGUCAGAUCACGGUCAGAUGUGUGGGCGGUGGCACUUGUAGAAGGUGUGGUUCAUUUGGUCAACCCAUAUUAAAUCAUAAAGGCUCUCAGCACUCAGACAUCCUUGAAAACCACAUGUGUGCUAGAGGGGAUUCACACGACAACACACACAUAGACACACAUACGUACACACUGUAUACCUUAUCCCGUCAUCCCUCCAUCUCCACACAUACACACACACACUGGAAGACACUCAAAACGGGCCGAGAAGGAAAUUGAAUUGUGCAUGUUUUAUUAUUUGAGCGGUGCAGUGCUUUAGCCAGGCCCCCGUCCACUGUAAUGGUGUAAUGUAUAUUUCAUUACAGCCUAAUGGGCUCCAUUAGCACAGUCUCCUCACAGACAUUCAAGACUUAUUGUUUUAUGGCUGAGAAGGAAGGAUGGAGAGGAGAGGGGAGAUGAAGGAGAAGAAAACAAUGAGAGAGGGGCCUGAGACGAGGAGCAGUGGAGAGAAGAAAAAGAGAAAGAGGAGAGGUAAUAAUGCAUAUUGGGAAGAAAUGGAGAGGAAGGGAGAGAGUUCAGAACGGAAGCAAUGGGGUAGAAAGGAGAAGGCGAUGGGAGUAAAAAGGUACGAAUGGGUCAUGUAAGAGGAAGAUGGGGGGGAAAAAGAGGAGAUAGUGAAGUGAAAAAAAAAACGCGGGAGGAGAGAGGGGGAAAGAGAGGAGGUGUGAAUGUCCUCAGGGAGAAAGUGAAAGUGAGCAUCCAUCACUACUGCGGCCUGCAGAUGUUCUAUGAGGCAAAACUUCAACUUCACGCUCCCAUCACAUUCCUACAGCUGGCCUCGACCAUACACACAUUUCACUGGCAAUCCACCAACAGCUUACACUGAAAACAAACCCAAUAAUAUACCACACUCACCACUUCACUCACUUACAGUACAGCUAACGUCUGGCUCAUUGUAUAUACACAACCGCUCACAUGCAUACGAGGAAACACGUUCAAUGUUUGUUUUUGGCAUUUUACUGGAGCAUAUUUUACUCUAUACGGACGUAUUAAAAAAGUCAUAACCACUGCGGUUUCACUAACAGCCAUUUUAAUUAGAUGUAAAUCAUCAAUCUGGACAUAUAUUUGUUUAUUAACAACAGCACUUGAUGGUAUUGAUGUUUGUGAACUUGAAAAUGUUGAUUUUAUUGAUUUAUAGUAUUAUUAUUUAUAAAAUUUAAAAAGCAUUUUGUACAUUUCUUUCUAUAUCUAAUGUUGCCUUUUGCAACAACAAACUGACUGAAAUCGGUUUAAUUGUUUAUGUUUUCGCAAAUAUGUAAAGAUAAUCUUGAGUGUUUUUGAAUUUUUAUGUCAGGCUCCCUCUUAACAGCUACCUAGCCUGUACUCAUGUACAGUGUACUCUACAACAGGGAUGGAUGUUUCACCAGUCUGCCACAUUUGUAGUUUAGUUUGACAUAUUGCAAAAUUAUUGUCCUGUCAGGGCAUGAAUAUGAGGGUUAAUGGCCACGGCAUUGACAAGGCAGCCUAACAAGGUCCUCAAAAUCCAUCCCUGCUGUACAGUCAAGUAGAGUUUGCACUGAGUGAGCACACUCAAAACUUGCCACACAAUAACUCUGUGCAAUAACAGAGGGCAGGGUGUGUGACAUCGACAUCCUAGCUGGCUGCACUGUGUGUGUACGUACCUGCUGUGUUUCCUUUUUUUUUUUUUUUUUUUUUUAAAAAAAUGAUGAACUGUGUCAGAAGUUUGACAGCGAAGAUGUUUUGACAGAUAGGAAGAGGCUGUGAGAGGGGGUGUUUGUUGUGAUGAAGACUUGUCAGCCCAACACAGGAGCGUUCUGAGAAACUUUAACUCUGCCUGAAGAUCGGCUGCUUCAGAUAAAGUGUGUUGGUCAAACUAAGAAAAAAGAAAAAAAAAAAAGGAGGAAAAACAACUGCUGUAUGAAUGGACACCUCAGAAAAGGAGGGAUUGACAAUCACAGACUUCUCUCUUUCUCUCCCUUCUUCAAGUGACCUACUGUAAAAUAGACUAUUCAACCAACUUUCCUCUUCUAUGCUGCCUAUACUGUACGUGAUAGUCUUACACUUUGGUCUCUAAAAGUGCUACUUUUUCUUUUUUUCCUUUUUGUAAAAUAACAGCAAGAGGAAUGAACAAAAAUACGUGUACAAAUGUGAAUAAGCUGCUGAAAGAAAUAAGCAUCACAAACUGCUGUGUCCGAGACUGUCAGUAUUUAGAUUGUACCGUUUUCUUCUUUUGUCUUAGAAGUGGAGGGCAGAGAAAUGAGUAGCUAUACACAAGACUCACAAAAUACACAAAAUGACAUACAGUAGCCCCGAGGACACAAAGUGGUAUUUGCUCAUUCUCCCAGUGGUGUGUGUGUGUGUGUGUGUGUGUGUUUGUGUGUGUGCACGUGGAGAAGGCUGAUUGAUGCCGGGGGGUGAGUCGGGAGGGAUUCAGACGCAAGCCAAAUCCUAGUUCAAAUGCAACGAGAUUCAACGGAGGAAUCAGGAAUUGAUUUGUUGUCACUGUUCACCAAUUCAUGAUAAAUGACUUUACCCAGUCUUGUUGAACUGAGGUCGGUAUUAUGGCAGCUAAGAUUUAUGGAAUCAUUCAAUUGCUUUAUGUCUGUGUAAAAUCAGCCUUCUUCUCGGCACAACUUAACUAAAGCCUGGGUUUCACAGAAGUAUAUCAGCAAUAUUAAUGCAUAUAUUUUCUUUUGCCUCGCUAUAUUGGGCUAAACCAUGUGACUCAGUGAACCUAAAGCAUAUUCCACAUACAGAUACACAUUGUGUGACUUUGAGUAUGUUCUGAUCCAUUAUCACAUUUAAUCCUCUCUCUCGCUCUCUCACACACACAAACACACACACACACAACAGACACACACACACACACACACGACCCCCCACAUCACAGUUUAAGCUAAUAGAGCUGAAAUAUCAUGAAGGUCAUCUUUAAGAUUACCUUUGUGCUUGGAUGCUCCUGGAUCACCUAUGCCCUGAGGAAUGUAAUACCACAAAAACUGCUUCUCUCUGCUAAAAGAAAAAAAAAAAAGGUAAAAAAUGAAACUGUGAUUUGCUAUAUGCAGUAUUUCUGGGUUGUUUUUUGUUUGUUUGUUUGUUUUUUGGGGGGGUACUGUGCUAUUUGUUUCUGUGUUUAGAGGGUUCUGCUACUGCAAGCAGGUAUUUGGAUGUGUUGUGGAUAUUUGGAUUGUAAAAGGCUUGAAAAUAAGACAGAGGACAAAACGAUGUAAGGUUUCUGUAUGAAAGAGAUGUUGACGUGUUAUUUCUAUGCCUAAGAAUGCUCUUCAAAAUGUAAGAAACAUCUGUAUUGCAAAAGCACACAAGGUAAUUAAAAGCUGGAAAUAUUCUGA